GAUUUCUGUCUGAUUACCAGCCCAGUAAGAGCUACUGUGCAGGACUCUGAGGUGCCACCUGACCAGAAAUCCCAAGGAUUUCUCAAGAGCAUGUAUAUCAACUACAUAAUGCAUCUGCUACUCGAGUCUGAUGAUUCCAUGGAUUUUGCUGUGACACUGCUUGUUUAUGCAUUGUACUACGGAGUGAUGGGAAGAGGCUUUGCAGAGAUUUGUUCUGACUACAUGUCUUUCACUGUAGAGUUUUACAGCAUCAGUGGCAUACUAGCAAGAAAUUUGUCCAAUGACAUCUGCACAGUCUGCAAGAAGAAAAUUUUUGUGGAUAUAAAUGAAGAAGGGAUCAUUGAAAAUACCUACCAGCUUGUCCUGUUCCUUAAUGAUACCUGUGAUACCAAGUUUCAUGAAUUCCACAUCUGUGGUUGGUGCAUUGUUGGCAAGAACCAGACUCACCCGUACUGCCCUGAGAAAAUUGAGUCGAAGAGGAUGUUAAGCCCAUAUCCUUAUUUCCUUAACAACAGAUUAGGUGGGAAUGCACAUGUGUUGUAUGGACAAAUUUUACUGCCCUGCUAUCUGGCGGUUUGGCAACCAAUUCCUCUAGGCAUUGUUCAAGGCAUUAUUUACUCAGUUGGUCUAGAACAGGACUCAGAUUAUUAG